GUCAUCGCGUAACCUGUACGUACUCCGCCCCAGUGGGAAGAAGUGUUUCCGCCAAGAUGGUUGUGGGUGCUUUCCCUAUCGCCAAGCUCCUCUACCUCGGAGUGAGGCAGAUGAGCAAGCCAGUGGCUAACCGGAUAAAAGCUGGAGCCCGGAGGAGCGAGUUCUUUAAAAAUUACGUUUGCCUGCCGCCGGCACAGCUUUAUCACUGGAUAGAGAUGAGAACGAAGAUGAGGAUCAUGGGCUUCAAGGGUGCCACCAUUAAGCCGCUGAACGAGGAAUCGGCUGCAGAGCUGGGUGCCGAGUUGCUCGGGGAAGCGGUCAUCUUCCUCAUUGGUGGUGGAUGCAUGGUGUUGGAAUACAGCAGGCAGGCGGCUAACUCUCGCCGCAAAGAGGAGGAGCUGAACGAGACCAUCACAAGCCUUCAGACGCAACUAGCAGAAUUAUCCUUAACCACAGAGACUCUAAGUGCUCAGCUGAGAGAGGUCAACAGGCAACUGCUGUCCUUUCCUGUUCCCACCAGAAAGUGACAAAUUAUAAUUCUUUGCUAUCCGGCAUGGCGCAGUGUCGGUCUGUAUGUGAAGGAGUAGGAGUGCGCCAACAUAGUGCUGUCGUAUGUACAGCCUGUGCUUCACACACCGUCCCCUGCUAUGAGCUGGGUGGAAGAGGUGGGCACAAGUGUAUCACUGCACUGUGGAUUUGGGUGCAGUUGUUUGCUCAUGUUUUGAGCAGCUAGUUGUAAAAAAGGAAUUGCUAUGAUAUUCAUAGUGAAUUUCACUGGCUGACCUUGCAUGUUCAUUGUAAAGUUGACUGACUGUAUAUAAAGAUUUACAAUACAAUGCAGUGUUGACUUUGACGUUGAUAUAUUUUUAACAGUUCGAGCGUAUUACUUUCUUUUCAAUUCAGCGAUCCUCCUGGACCUUAAUAACUUUGGAAAUGCUGAAUGAUUUCCUUCAUUGGCUCUAAUUAUGAGUUACUAUUGAUGAUAAACCAAUUAUAAACAUUUAAACUACAAAAAAAAAAACGGCUCAUAUCAGUAGAUUAAUUUUUGAGAGUAUAUGCCCCUGCAGUUUUCAUAAAAGUUAAUGUUGUAAUUGCUGGUUUGUGUUUGAAUGUGUGGUGACAUCUGGAAAAAAAGAUGCAAAAUAAAAUUGUAUGCUACCUGGUAAUAAAA